GCCCACAAUAGAGAACAAACGGCCCCUCAGGCCCCGCCCACUCGGCCUCAGGCCACGCCCCCUCAGCGUUCUUCCGGGGCGGGGCCUGGCGGGAGGCGGCGGCGUUGGCCGGGCCGGGCCAUGGGGAAGGAGCAGGAGCUGCUGGAGGCCGCACGAACCGGGAACCUGCCCGCUGUGGAGAAACUGCUGUCGGGAAAACGGCUGAGCUCAGGGUUCGGCUCCGGGGGAAGCGGAGGAGGGAGCGGAGGAGGAUCCGGGGGCGGUGGAGGUGGUGGAAGCGGCGGUGGAGGAGGUGGAGGAGGAGGUGGAGGAGUGGGACACCCGCUGUCCAGUCUGCUGAGCAUCUGGAGAGGGCCAAAUGUGAACUGCGUUGACAGUACUGGAUACACUCCGCUGCACCAUGCUGCUUUGAAUGGUCAUAAGGAUGUGGUGGAAGUCCUCUUGAGGAAUGAUGCGCUCACCAACGUGGCAGACUGUAAGGGCUGCUACCCCCUUCACCUGGCAGCUUGGAAAGGAGAUGCAGACAUAGUGAAGCUCCUCAUCCACCAGGGACCUUCGCAUACUAAAGUCAAUGAGCAGAAUGCUCUUGAGAUCAAAGAACUCAAAAAGUACGGCCCCUUUGACCCAUAUAUCAAUGCCAAGAACAACGACAACGAGACGGCGCUGCACUGCGCUGCACAGUACGGCCACACCGAGGUGGUGAAGGUCCUCCUGGAGGAGCUCACCGACCCCACCAUGCGUAACAACAAGUUUGAGACCCCCCUGGACCUGGCUGCUCUCUACGGGAGGCUGGAGGUCGUGAAGAUGCUGCUGAACGCUCACCCCAAUCUUUUAAGCUGCAACACAAAGAAACACACUCCCCUGCACUUGGCGGCGAGGAACGGUCACAAAACUGUAGUGCACGUCCUCCUGGAUGCUGGCAUGGAUAGCAACUAUCAGACUGAAAAAGGCAGUGCUUUGCACGAAGCUGCUUUGUUUGGCAAGACAGAUGUGGUACAAAUAUUGCUGGCUGCAGGUAUUGAUGUGAACAUAAAGGAUAACAGAGGCCUGACAGCUCUGGAUAUCGUGAGGGAGCUUCCAUCUCAGAAAAGCCAACACAUAGCAGCUCUCAUUGAAGAUUACACAACUGGGAAGAAAAGUGCCAAAGCUGCAGAGAAGACGGUACAAGCAUCACUUGCUCCAAGCACCGACCCUGCGUGCUGGAUCCCUCAGGGUGAUGUGGAGAAAGCAGUGACAGAGCUGAUCAUAGACUUUGAUGUGAACCCAGAAGAUGAGAGCCCAUAUGAAGCUCUGUACAAUGCCACGUCCUGUCACUCCCUGGACAGCCUUGCCAGUGGGAGAUCUUCAGACCGAGAGUCUGUGAACAAGGAAGUGGAAGUGGCUGGCCUUAAAGCAGCAGGAGUCAGGCCUAGAGAGCGGCCGCCCCCCCCUGCUAAACCUCCACCUGAUGAAGAGGAGGAGCAGCACACGGAGAAGAUGGGCCAUGGUGCUUCCUGUGAGGCCACUGUUGCACGAGGGAAGAGCAGAGGAAGCGGAGCUGAGGAAGAGGAGCACCCUUAUGAGCUGCUGCUUACAGCAGAAACUAAAAAGCCAGUGGCAGUGGAUAGAAAAACAAAAGACCACAGGAGGAGCAGCGGUGGCCGCAGCCAGGACUGUGCAGACAGCCAGGACAUCCAUGUUCCGGAGCAGUUCUCGGGGUUGCUUCACGGUUCUUCCCCCAUCUGUGAAAUAAGUGAGGACCCUUUCAGGCUCGUUCCCUCCGCGGAGAAAGGAGGCGUGGAAGCAGCGAGUCACCCACCUGCUAUGCAGCUGGAGGAUGCUGGUUUACCUGCCUCUGCAUCAGCACCGACCGGCUCUCCAGACCAAAACCAGAAGGCGAUCUACGCAACCGUCCAACACACGCACAGCAACCGGGCGGAUCCUGAGCCUGUAGGCACGCCCCACGUGCUGCAGCACCCCGGCGGUGCCGAGGACGAGGGGGACAGAGGUGGUGCUGCGGGCAGAGCCCACCCGGGGAGCAAACCCAAAGCUGAGCUCAAGCUCAGUCGCAGCUUGUCCAAGUCGGACUCUGACCUCCUGACCUGCUCCCCAACAGAGGACGAUGCCAUGGGGAGCCGGAGCGAAUCGCUCUCCAACUGCAGCACUGGGAAGAAGAGGUUGGAGAAGUCGCCGUCCUUUGCUUCCGAGUGGGAUGAGAUUGAGAAAAUCAUGAGCUCCAUCGGCGAAGGCAUCGACUUCUCCCAGGAGCAGCAGAGGAUCUCAGGUUCACGGAUGCUGGAGCAGAGCGUGGGGGAGUGGCUGGAGUCCAUCGGCCUGCAGCAGUACGAGAGUAAGCUGCUUUUGAACGGCUUUGAUGAUGUCCGCUUCCUGGGCUGUAAUGUCAUGGAGGACCAGGACCUUCGGGACAUUGGGAUCGGAGACCCGCAGCACCGCCGGAAGCUCCUGCAGGCAGCUCGCUCACUGCCAAAGCUGAAGCCCCUGGGCUGUGAUGGGAACAGCCAGCCGUCCGUCCCCGCCUGGCUUGACUCACUGGGGCUGCAGGAUUACAUCCAGUCCUUCCUCUCGAGCGGCUACAGCUCUAUUGACACUGUGAAAAACCUCUGGGAGCUUGAAAUAGUCAAUGUGCUGAAGGUGAACCUGUUGGGCCAUCGGAAGAGGAUCAUCGCCUCGCUGGCUGACCGGCCCUACGAGGAGCCCCCGGCAAAGCCACCCCGCUUCUCCCAGCUGAGAUGCCAGGACUUGAUGUCCCAGACGUCGUCACCUCUGAGCCAGAACGACUCCUGCAGCAGAUCUGCUGAUCUCCUGCUGCCCUCCGUGGACUCUGGGAAGAGGCAACAUGAGCGUGGCAGCGAGCUGGCGACGUACUCCAAAGUUGAGCGCUACAAAGCACAGGAGGACCGUCGGGAGUCAAAGCUGACCCUGCGCCCUCCCAGCCUGGCUGCUCCCUACGCACCGGUCCAAAACUGGCAGCACCAGCCAGAGAAGCUCAUCUUCGAGUCCUGCGGGUAUGAGGCCAAUUACCUGGGCUCCAUGCUGAUCAAGGACCUCCGAGGUACGGAAUCAACGCAGGAUGCCUGUGCCAAGAUGAGGAAAUCCACGGAGCAUAUGAAGAAGAUCCCGACCAUAAUACUGUCCAUCACAUACAAGGGAGUGAAGUUCAUCGAUGCCUCUAACAAGAAUGUCAUUGCUGAGCAUGAGAUCCGUAACAUCUCCUGUGCUGCCCAGGACCCUGAGGAUCUCUGCACGUUCGCUUACAUCACCAAGGACCUGCAGACCAGCCACCACUACUGCCAUGUCUUCAGCACCGUGGAUGUGAACCUGACGUACGAGAUCAUCCUCACCCUGGGGCAGGCGUUCGAGGUUGCCUACCAGCUGGCCCUCCAGGCCCAGAGAGCGAAGCCUGUGGGUGCUGCAGCAGGAGAAACAAUCGAAACAAAAUCUUCCAAACCGGUGCCUAAACCACGAGCUGGCAUGAGGAAAUCCACAGUGCCGCUCCCUCCCGACACCCGCUGUUGUUACUGUCACACCUGUACAACUCACCGCCCCUCCUACCUGCCGCUGCAGUCUGUUAGUCCUGGAGCUAAGCUGGAGCCUCCUGAAGUGGACCAAGAUUCCCAGUCUCAUGCCAGUGUCUCGUGGGUCGUGGACCCCAAACAGGACUCCAAGCGGACCCUCAGCACUAAGUAUGAGACCACUAUCUUCUAAAGCAAACAAACCCCGUGUCCACCUAUAGUCUAACCGUGCCUUUGCGAUCUGAUCUGUCUGCUGUUCUAAACUCCCUCUUCCUCCAGCUGCUCGCACUGAGCCCCGCGUAGGCACUACGUCAAAGGCAGCAGCACUUAAGAGACUGUAGACUUAAACGGCUUUUGUACCUGAUCACUGCUGAACACUGUGAAUUCUCCUUACUCGGAAACAAGGGUAACACGCUGUUAGAUCCCUGUGAGGUGGGAGGUGCAGAGGGGUGCAGGCUGGGGGCAUCCAAGACGCGGAGCCAGGAACCUGCCCACCGUUGUCACGUCUUUCCCCUCGCUCUGGCACUGUGACUCCCUGGGGUGACGUGGCACUUCCCCAGGCCUUUUCUUCUAUUUCACCUUCUUAUCCUUGGACUGAUGGAGACCUCUUGUCUCUGCGGUGCACGCUCUCCUUCCUCCUAGCUCCUCUACUUCCUGACUGAGCCACGGCUGCACACUGUUCCAGUGAAGUCACCCCUCUCCUCACUGUCACUCGAAUCGACACUAACCACUGUGAUGCUGUCUGCAAAUAACACCUUCACUAGAUUUCCUCACGGGGACCCUGCCCACAGCCUCUCUCCUCAAACCAUGGAGCAGAACAGCUGCUCUGCUGCAGGCACAGCCUUGGGCUGGGUGCCACUUUCCCACUGUGAGCUCGGGCCCUUCUUAGGGAUGCGAGUGCCCUGCAGGAGCUGUAUGGCUGCGUGCAUUUCUGUCCCUUAUAGGGCUUACCCCCAUUGCCCUUCUGUUCUUGCUCACCAGAUCACUGUGAGCUAUGGGUGUAGUUCUCACUUUGCGGGUUGUAAAGAGCUUGAGCACUGAAAGGCACAUGCUGCUGGCCCCAUGCUGGACGGAGCAGUGGUUGAACCGUGCUGCUGGGGGUGCAGCAGGCAGAGCUGUGCUGUGCUCAGUGUGUUUCCUGUAGUUUCACGUUUUUGCCAAAGGGAGGGAUGUGAUUGAAAUCAGUCUGCUGCCGACCCAAAGCCUAUUUUCGGUCUAGAAACAUUGCAUGAUGAGGGCUGUAGGGAUCUUGAAACAUCUGUUGCCUUUCAUCCAUGAGAGCAAGGAUUUUGGUUAGAAAUGGCCGCGUGUCAGCAGGCACCUCAGCCUGCCCUGGCACUUUCCCAAGUGCAUGUGUUUUUUCUUGGGGAGAACAUCCCCAUUGCUGUGUAUCCUGGUAGAAGCCACUUUUGAUUCCAGCAUAUGGCUGGAAGUUGUUUGUAUGUGUAGCAGCCCGGCGCUGCUUCUCCCCAUCUUGCUGUGUCCCAACAACUGAGCUGCUCUUUGCCUCGGUUUCCCUGUUUCAGGAUGGGGACACACACACCUACCUCUCGGGCUGAGGCUCUCUGUCCCCACAGCUGCUUGAGGGCCCUUUAGUGAAAAGCAUUGCAGCUUCCACACAGUGGCAGCAAAUCCAUUGUGCUCUGCUUUGCUCUCCAGCAGAGAACGGAGCUCUUAGUCCCAGAGUGAUGUUGUCUCACAGCCCAGCUCCUUGUGAGCAGCGUAAUGUAAUGUUCUGCUUGCAAAAUAAUUCUUAGAUUUCACCCCAAAUCUCCCUUCACAAUCACCAGUUGCCAUCAGAAGUGAAUGGCCAGAAGAGCAACCCUGAGUUGCUGACACCUGUUACCUGGACUUGCUUGUUCUCACUCCUAAGCUCCACUGCAGCCUUUGGGCUUCUGUUCCCCAGCCCUGUGAUGAAAUCAGAUGUUUCAACAUCUUUAUUGAGCUCUUCCUCAGGAAUGGGUAUGAUCUUUCAAAUCCUUCAUGGCUUAAUGGCGUUGGGUGGCAAACUGACUUCAAAACAAGGGCUAGGCUGAUAGGAAUCCAAAUGAGAGGACUCAAGGGAUUGCCUUAAAGCAAGGGAAGCAAAGCUUAGCUGUGUGUGUGCAAUUUACGUGUCAGGAAGCUCUUAACAUAAAGCCAAUGGUCACACUGCCAUGCCCAGAAUGCUGCAGUGUCUGCAGAGCUCAGUGGCUUUCCAAGCUGUAAGAGUGCCCUGAGGCAUUUCUAUCCUUUGGAUCAUGAGCUGAGUUCAUGAUAGCAAUGGUAGUUCAGCAUUUACUGUGCAGCUGCCCAGACGUAUGCCUGCUCUUGGAGGGUCUGAGCUCUGCACUCCCCCUGCUUUCAGCUGGGAUCUGUCUGUUCCUCCUGACACCGGCUCACUGGUGCAUGUGCCUUUCUGAGGGUGACUCUGCCCCAGCCGGGGUGGCAGGCAGCCCUGCCUAACUGCAAAGCUUCCUCUGCGUCCAUAACCCUCACGGUUGUCUCAUCUCCUGGCUGCACGCCUCGUCUGUCCCGGCACUUGUGUUUGUAUGACUCGGAAAUCAUUCAUUCCAUUAUCUUCCUUUCUGUUUGCCUCUGAAAAGCUGAGCUCCGGGCAGCUGUCUCCUACCACGGAAAUGUAGUAACGGGGCAGAGACCUAAGAAGGAGCGGCCUGCUGACAUGAAGACCAUCUCCAUCUGGCACUGGUGUCUGCCUCUGAGGGUGUGCAUGGCUGCUCAGUGAGGGCUCCCAAAGCAGAGGGGGAAAGGGAUCCCAGCCACCAGCUGAGAAAAGCAGCUCUCCAUUUCUAGCAAAGGAAAGUUGAGACUUCUGAGGCCGAGCGAUGUCACGUUUUCUAGUGUGAGACAAACUGCUUUCAACCCGUUUCUUUUUUACACGCAAGAUGAUAAAGAGCAAAUCCAGUUCACAGUCUAAAUGUAGCACUGCAGUGGGUUUUUUUUGGUGAGGGGAAAACAAUGAUUUACUGAGGAUCUGCACAGUCCAACAAGGAGUACAAUAGAAAGUCUUACCGGUGGGAGCGGUGUGUGCAGCCAUUACGGUACUUCAGUUUGCUUCAGUUCUGGGUGAACAGCGGAGAAACGCCCAGUUCCUGGAGAUCCUUUCCUCCGGUGUGGGAAGCCUUGCAGGGUAAGUCUGUGUCCUUUGCAAAGCCACUCCACGCUUUUAUAGCCAAUGGAAAUCACUUAAGGAAAAGUCUGCGAAGGAUCUCUCACCUCAGAGUGGCUGCGGCCGAGCAUUUACUGAUGGUACAAAGCUUGCUUCCCUACAGAGAACUGUUGCAUUGCAAUACUUGACAUUUCUAUGGCAAGGACACAACUUCUUCCCAUUCACGCACUGAAUCCCUGGAGAGGAGCCCCUUCUCCAGCCUCUUGUGCACCUGUCUCGUUUUUAAAUGCAGUUAUGCCCUGAAGGGUUGGGUGGUGUUUUUAUUUUUUAAGCUUAUUCAAUUGUGACUUAGCACUUUUCUUUUUAAUACUAGCUCAUUAUUUAAUCAGUGCAACCAUUUCGGAAGAUGAACAGAAGAGGAGUUACGUUUUGGGCAUUCCAUUGGCACAGUCCAUACCCUGGGAGGAAUCAUAUCAACCCAUGGUGGCCUGGCCCCCAGGCGCUGCCAUCUCGGAGCUGUGCUGCCUGCUUGCUUUCUCUUUGAAUCCCUUUGGGAUUUAACAGUAGUUUUGGCUGUGGCCGAUGUGUUUUCACAGCUCUGUUCCCCUGGAGGGAGGGGCUGUAAGGAGGGUUGUGAUUUUUAGUUCUUCCAAGGCAAAAAAUGUAGCACAGCACGUUUGUUAGGAUCUCCACAGUUGUGGUGGUGGUUGGGGAUGUGGUGUCCUGCUGCUUUACCAGAACGAUAUGCCCUAAUAAUGUCUGUUUAACUCCUGUUGCUGCUGUAUGUCAGGACUUCAUAGGUCUCCCUAGCCAGGAGGACUAGGAGAGAAGUGAACCAUAAUCCCGAGGGCACAGACCUGUACAUGAUGAGGGGGAAGCGGAGAUUAUUAUUAUUAUUAUUUUUUACAUCGAUGGAUUUAGGAAACCUAACAUUCCUUGUUAUGCGUAUGUUGCAAUUCAUGCUGGUGUAAGUGUAAAUAUUUGGUGUGUAGGCAACAAGUCUUUUUGGAGAGAUUGCAAAUUGAACCUCUGCUUGGGAGGAGGGACACCCUUCUGUUCUGACACGAGCUUUGUGAAGGUUGGCUUGGAGGUGAAGUGGUGAUGAAGACUCCAAUCUUCAGGGGACUGGACCUUGUGACCCUGGUGGUUCUUUCCAGUCCUGUGUGUAAUUCCAUGGUUGUCUUUAGUGAUCCAGCAGUUCUUUAGCCAGAUACUCUUUCUCACUUCCUAGACAGCGGUUGUUUUGGCAGUGCAUCUUCCCCUUUCGUUUCAGUGGGGUUUUUUUGAGGUACUCACAUGCUGGAGGCUGAUCCUGGGCUGUGCCAGUCGCCAGCUCCUGGUGCUUUGUGAGCCCAUCCAUUACACAGUAUUUUGGCCCUUCCUCCCCGCAGGGUUUCAUGGUUUAUGGAGGGAAGUGCAGUGCAUUGCUGGUGCUGGUUAGAACCUCAGUGCACUUCACUGCCCACUGCCUGCCUGGGGACACCCACUGCCCUGGGUUUUGUUUCACAGACUCACAGUUGGGCAUGUCCAGCCUGAGAACUCGAGAGAUCAACUGUGUUUGUUCUUUCUUUUUCAGCAGAGGAGGGGAUGGAUUUUUUACUUUCCAAAUCGAAGCUGCUUUAUCCUUAAUUUUGUAUUUACAAAAAUAGAGAAAAAAGAAAAAAAAAAAAGCAAAAAAGCUCCUUGUAGCUGUUUGAACUUGCUUUGGGAUUUUCCUUUAUAGGAGAAACAAGUGAUGCAGUUUGGGUGGGAUCUGUGCCUGUUUCCCUCCUGGGGGGAGGACACGGCACCGAACAGGACGUGCCUCCAAUGCAAUGAGGUGCUGUCACAGGGCUGCAGUGGGACACAGACCAGAUGCCAAAUAGUACUUCCAGACAACUUGUUCUGUGUGCAGCUGAUGUGGCUUUAAUUGCUUUAAUGCUCCUUCCACCCCACUUCAGAAGCUUCCAGCAGCAGAACUUCCUCUGCCUUUCUUCUGCUUGCAUCAUUCCCAUGCAUUCAGGUCUUUAUUUUACAGCGAGCGCAGUGUUUGCAGCACUGUCUUGUUGCAACAAGUCUCCCUUUCAGGGCUCCUAUUGGCAUCACCUGCUGCAUUUUCAGUUUAUUUUUCUCUUUCUAAAGGAAGUACAUGUGCUGCCCUUACAAAGCAGGUCUUGCUCAGACACUUUGCUCACCCGUGGAAGAAUAACCUGAGAUUCCCUAACAGGGCAGAGUUCAGUUUGCAAUGUAGACAUUUUUGCUAAUUGUGAUGUAUGACAGUGGGACUGAUUUGUAAUACAAAUGUUAUUUAAUCUGUCUGUAUUUUGAUACUUGAAUUUCCUUUUAUUUCCUGUAUAUACAAUUGUUAAUCUGUUUGAAUUUGUCUGAAUUUUAAACAUCUUGUGGUACCAAACAUAACCGAUCUGUGCAACAACAUAGACUGACCUCACGACAACAAGGCGAGAUUGUAAAUAUUCCUGGGCUUCCAGCAGUCGUUUUGUUGUUUUCAUAAUUGUACAACUUAGAACAGACUGAAUUAAUAAACAGACUUAGACACAC